AUGUUGCUCGGGGCAAAAUACUUCAAGACGGCGCGCACAUGUGGUGCUGCGCGCCAAAGCGGCGGCCGCAGCACCGCAGCCGCAGCAGGCGAGGUGAUGCUGGGCGACCUGGUGCGCCAGGGGUUCAGUGUGACGGACGACCACGAGGAGGCGGACGCCGUCAUCGUCAACACCUGUGCCUUUGUGGAGGACGCCAAGGCAGAGAGCAUCGAGGCCAUCAUAGAGGCCGCAUCACUCAAUGAGGACGGCAAGAGGCGACGCGUGGUGGUGACAGGCUGCUUGGCGCAGCGCUACUCAGACAGCCUUGCCGCGGACCUGCCAGAGGCAGACCUGGUUGUGGGGUUCCAGAACUAUGCCCAGCUGGGGACUAGCAUACGUGGUAGCCUCGGCCUCGAGCAUCAGCAGCAGCAGCAGCAGGCACUCCCCGGCAGCACGGUGGCGCUGCCGUCUCCGCCACCUAUUGAUGACCCUUCCUCUGAGCCUGCACUGGUGCCAUCGGCGCCGUCCAGCGCCCGCGUGCAAGUCGGCGACUCCACCGUGGCCUUCCGCCCAGAGUGGGACCGCGUGCGGCUCACACCUCGCCACAGUGCCUACCUGCGCGUUGCGGAGGGCUGCAACCAUGCCUGCACGUUCUGCUCGAUCCCUGGGUUUAGGGGCAAGUUCAGGUCCAAGCCCUGGGCCCCGCUCUUGGAGGAGGCAGAGCGGCUUGUGGCUGGGGGUGCAGUCGAGCUCAACCUGAUUGCAGAGGACACUAACCAGUGGGGCCAGGACCGCCGUGAUGGGCGCAACCUCGCCACCCUGCUGCGCGAGCUGUCGGUGAUUCCCGGGCUGCGCUUCAUUCGACUCCUCUACUGCUACCCAUCCUACUUCACGGAUGAGCUCAUAGAGGAGAUAGCCAGCAACGAAAAGGUGGCCAAGUACAUUGAUAUGCCGCUGCAGCACAUAGACAACCUGGUGCUGCUGGCAAUGAACAGACCGCCGCGGGAGCACACUGUAGCACUUCUUACAAAGCUCAGGGAGCGCAUCCCAGGCCUUGUGCUGCGCACAACAUUCAUCUCAGGCUUCCCUGGCGAGACGCAAGCGCAGCACAACGAGCUUGUGUCAUUUGUCAAGUCGUUCAAGUUUGAGCGCAUGGGCUGCUUCACCUACUCCGAGGAGGAUGGCACUCCUGCGGCUGAGAUGCCGGAGCAGGUAUCCCCAGCUGUGCGGCAGCGGCGGCGCGACGAGCUCGUAUCCCUCCAGCAGCGCAUCAGCGAGGGCUUUGCACAGUCUCUGGUUGGACGCACCCUGGAGGUACUGGUGGACGCCCUGGGAGAGGACGGCGGCUUCAUUGGUCGCACGGAAUGGGACGCGCCAGACGUGGACCCCAUCGUGUUCCUCGCUGAGGCAGAGGACCCUGCGGUGCCCCGGUUGGAGUUGGGCCAGGUGCGGCGCUGCCGCGUCGACGGCGCCAGCAUCUUUGACCUUGACGCUACUGUGGUCGCAUAG